AUGAAAAUAGCGAUCAAAAUGGUAGGACCGUCUACUGUAAUCUUACCACAAACAGAACAAACAAGACUUACAAGAGAGGAUGGAAUUUCACAAGGUGCAACCGUUUUAUUAUGGCAAACUUAUUUUUAA